GUAACAGACGUUUUGUCAUGCGUCAGGAGAGGAUCCAAAGAUGGAGGAUGUUGUUGUUGUUUUGUUUUCGUAUUCACGUUCUUUAUGACACUGAUCUUAUUAUCCCUUCACAAUGAGGGAUACUUUGUACCAAACCUUACAGCAGCGAGUCUAUGGAUCUGUUACUCCAGAUCUGCUGUUCAAGCGAGCUCGUGAUAGUAAAUACCUCCUUCAAUGUCUCCAGAGGACCGGCACGCUAACAGGACACGAUGGAUGCGUUAAUACAAUCGCUUGGAGUGACUCUGGUGAUCUGUUGCUUUCUGGAUCAGAUGAUUGUAGGCUGAAUAUAUACAGACCUUAUCAGCAUAAGUUACUUAAGUCAAUUUCCACUGGUCAUCGUGCCAAUAUCUUCAGUGCAGCGUUUCUUCCAUGUACAGCAAACAAACAGAUUGUGUCAUGUGCUGGAGAUGGGAUGAUUCAUUUUACUGAGCUACAAAGACCAGAAUUAUAUGGAAAGUGUUCUUAUAACUGUCAUUCUGGAACAGCAUAUGAGCUAGUCACAACACCAGGAGACCCUAACACAUUCAAGUCCUGUGGUGAAGAUGGUACAGUGCGUUUGUUUGAUAUCAGGACCAAGUCUAAAUGUUCAGCACGGAACUGUAAAGAGGAUGUCCUGAUAGAUUAUGGAAAAGCCAUCACAUCUAUGGGUGUAAACCCUUUGACACCCUAUCAGCUAGCCAUUGGUUGUGAAGACAGUACUGUUGCUUUGUUUGACUGUCGCUCUUUGAGUACAGCAAACUCUAGUCGAGGAAUGAAAGGAAUGCUAUGUAAAUUUAAACCGGAUUCCCUCAAAGACAGGACAUGUCGAGUUACGUCCCUGCAGUAUAGUUCUGAUGGAUGUGAGCUGCUUGUUAGCUACUGUGCAGAUUACGUAUACUUGUUUAACAUGAGAGGAGAGAAAGAAGUUCGUUUGACUUGUGAAGGCGGAGGGCACGAAAAUGGAGCAUUUUCAAAUGAUGAUUCAAAGAGGAGCCUCCCUCUUAAACGACUGCGUCUGCGAGGGGACUGGUCUGAUACUGGUCCGAAUGCUAGACCUGAAAGUGAAGCUGCCUCAAGUGAAAGCACGCUCAUGCAGCGCAUGUCUGAUUUAUUUGUCCGCUGGAUUGAAGAAUCGUUUCGAGGAAACCAAAGGAAUAGAGCGAGGACAGGAUCACACACAAGAAGUGAGUCUUCCUCUUCUUCUUCUUCAAUGCCGUCUCUACCUUCUUUACCUUCUCGUGUGAGGUCUUCAUCUGAUAGCUCCAGGGCGACUAACAUAUCCGAAACGCUGCCAUUCGAUGAAGGAACAAGUAACCAGGACUCUGUUGAUAUGAACGUUGAUGAAUCCUCUAAUGAUGUCUUUGAAACUGCGUCAAGUGGUACAUCAAAUAUGAUGGACGCAGAGGACCAAAAGAAGGACGAUGAUGAUGAUGAUGGCACUGAUGAGAAAAUGGAUUUGGUUUUGAAUAUUGACCACACUGUGGCGGGACCAAGCGGUGUGAAAAUUGAAGUCACUUCUCCUAACACUACAGAAAACAAAGACACUAAAGAAGACGAUCCUGAUAGUGAUCGUGAAGACAUGGAAGCACAAUCUAAUGAUGAUUCAAAUAACGCAUCAGGCACGCCCGGUGCCAACUUAGAAAAGACUACGGAAGGAAAAGAAAGAGACUGCAAACAAGGCGUGGAAGAAACACAUGGUAAUGUAUCGGAGGGUGUGACUGAAGUGCGUGAUGAGAUAUCGGAGGGUGUAGCCGAAGCACGUGGUAAUGUAUCGGAGGGUGUGGCAGUAACGCGUGGUAAUGUAUCGGAGGGUGUAGCCGAAACACGUGGUAAUGUAUCGGAGGGUGUAGCCGAAAUACGUGGAAAUGUAUCGGAGGGUGUGGCAGUAACGCGUGGUAAUGUAUCGGAGGGUGUGGCAGUAACACACGGUGAGGUAUCUCCAGGCGUCGUCACUACUGAACCCAAUCAAGAGUCACUUGAACAUCAUUUGGCGGCAAUACGAAUACAACGUCUAUUCAGAAAUUAUAAGUUAAUAAAGAACUUCGAACAAACGAACGAACCUCGUGACGGAGAGAUGGGCGAACAAAAAGAGGUUUGGAUACCUAAGAUGACCAGAGUGUUCCGUGGGCACAGAAAUGCUCGAACCAUGAUAAAAGAGGCAAGGUUUUGGGGAGAUCGUUUUAUCAUGAGCGGAAGUGACUGUGGUCGAAUCUUCAUCUGGGAUAAAGACACGACAGAAAUAGUAAUGACCCUACAGGGCGAUCGACAUGUUGUCAACUGUGUGCAACCACAUCCAUUUGAUCCAAUUCUUGCUUCAAGCGGUAUUGACUAUGAUAUUAAACUGUGGGCACCAACAGCAGACACACCAUUACAAAUCGAUGGUCUAGAUGAGAUCAUCAAGAGGAAUGAACAGAUGUUAGAGGAGAGCAGAGAUACGAUAACAGUUCCAGCUUCUUUUAUGUUACGAAUGCUAGCUUCAUUAAACCACGCUAGAUUUGCUCGAAAUCAAGAAGAUUCUGAUACCGAUUCAACUGACGAAGCAUGAUAAAACCUAAAUCUACUGGAAAAUAAAUAUAGUUUUAUGGAAACGCGAAGAAAAGAACAUAUUAUAACGGUUCAGUGAAUAAUUAUAUUCUAAUGAAAAUGCUCGCUCUAAUUGCCUAAUUGUCUACUAUACUUCGACGAUACGGCGAUCAUCUUACCAGGAGGGAAAACAAAACAAAGAUGACGGAAAAUACAUAGAGUUUCGUAUGUUGUUUUUCAUUAUGGAUAAAGGUGAUCGAUGUGUCGUCUUAAUUCAUUUUUUGUUGUAUUCUCUUGUGAUGAGCUGUUAAUAUCAAUCGACGUCAUUACUGCAACACAGAUUUAUUUGCCCCCUGGACGCCCCAUAAUGUCUUGCAAUCCAAGAUGGCCGCCGUAUCGUCGAAGUAGUUCAUUAACAUAAUGGACCAUCCAUAGAUCCAUGAAAGAGGCCCAGGGGGUCAGGUCCCUGUUUCUUUGCUUCGUAUUUUAUUGUUAUAAGUUAUCCGCAGUUAUUAAUAAAAUUAUAAAAUACGA